UUCGUUCAAUCAGUCAACUGCGGUUGGCUAACAGACAUUUGGUGUGCGUCGCAGACAUCUGGUUCCCGCUGCACAUAACCGACCUGGACUUCUGCACUCACGUGCUGACCAAGUUUGAGCCGGACCUGGACAGCGAUCACCCGGGAUUCUCGGACCCGGCGUACAGGCAGCGCCGCAAGGAGAUCGCCCAGAUUGCUUUCGACUACAAGCAGGGACAGCCCAUACCGAGGAUCGAAUACACGCCGGAAGAAGUUCGCACCUGGGGCGUCGUGUACCGAGGUAUGCGCGAACUGGUCCCGACGCACGCCUGCCAGGAGUUCGCCGACGCCCUGGCGAGGCUGGAGAGGGAACUGCACUACGGUCCCGACGCCAUCCCGCAACUGGACGACGUGUCCAACUUCCUCAAACGUCGCAGCGGCUUCACCCUGCGUCCUGCCUCGGGCCUGCUGACAGCGCGCGACUUCCUGGCGUCGCUGGCCUUCCGCGUGUUCCAGUGCACGCAGUACAUGCGCCACGGCUCGGCACCGCACCACUCGCCCGAGCCGGACUGCGUCCACGAGCUGAUAGGCCACGUGCCCAUGUUUGCCGACCCGGGUUUCGCCCAGUUCUCCCAGGAUAUCGGUCUCGCCUCGCUUGGAAUCGCCGACGAGGACAUCGAGAAGCUGGCCACGCUCUACUGGUUCACGGUGGAGUUCGGGCUUUGCAAGCAAGCGGGCGAGAUCCGGGCGUACGGUGCUGGUUUGCUCUCAUCAGUCGGAGAACUCAAGGUGAGAGGCGACUUCAGUUUCGUCACUGUGACCGCCACUCCUCGCAGG